GAAGCUUCAAGAGCAAAAGGGACCGUCAAUUCAUCUCCCUUCUAUAAACCUAAUCUCGCUCAACCCCCACCCACCCUAGCCUUUCAUUCUCAGUUCAUGUUAGCAGCUGCCGCCCGUCACUGUUUCUGUGAUUCGCGUACCCUCCUAUUCUUCUAGAUUUUAAAGAAUAAAUGGCAUCAACUUUGGCUGGCAUGUCUUCAGUUGGCUCCUUGGCUGCGCCAAGUGCUCGUGUGACAGAUAAGAAACUUACUACUUCUUUGGACAAGUUAUCAUCUUUCAGUUCCAUAUCUUCGAGCUCGUUUAGUAGGAGACAAAAUGUUGCUCUACGUAGAACACCUUCACCCAGAAUAAAUGCCAUGGCGAAGGAUCUGUAUUUCAACAAGGAUGGGUCAGCUAUUAAGAAGCUGCAAAGUGGUGUGAACAAGCUUGCGGAUCUUGUUGGGGUUACUCUUGGUCCCAAGGGCAGGAAUGUUGUUCUAGAGAGUAAAUAUGGCUCCCCAAAAAUUGUUAAUGAUGGGGUGACUGUGGCCAAAGAGGUUGAGUUGGAAGAUCCAGUAGAGAAUAUUGGUGCUAAAUUGGUCAGACAAGCGGCUGCCAAGACCAAUGACUUGGCUGGAGAUGGGACGACAACAUCUGUUGUUCUUGCACAAGGUCUUAUUGCUGAGGGUGUCAAGGUGGUAGCAGCUGGUGCGAACCCUGUUCUGAUUACCAGAGGUAUUGAGAAGACAGCAAAAGCUUUGGUUGGAGAGCUUAAGUUGAUGUCUAAAGAGGUAGAAGACAGUGAACUAGCAGAUGUUGCUGCAGUUAGUGCUGGAAACAACUAUGAAGUAGGAAAUAUGAUAGCUGAAGCCAUGAGUAAAGUGGGUCGGAAGGGUGUGGUGACCCUUGAAGAGGGUAAAAGUGCCGAGAACAGUCUUUAUGUUGUCGAAGGGAUGCAAUUCGAUCGCGGAUAUAUUUCACCUUACUUUGUCACAGAUAGUGAGAAAAUGGCAGUCGAAUUUGAGAACUGCAAGUUGCUACUGGUUGACAAGAAAAUAACAAAUGCAAGGGAUCUUAUUAACGUCCUGGAAGAUGCUAUCAGAGGUGGAUACCCAAUUGUAAUAGUUGCAGAAGAUAUUGAGCAAGAAGCGUUGGCAACUCUUGUUGUAAACAAGCUUAGAGGAGCACUGAAGAUUGCUGCUCUAAAAGCUCCUGGAUUUGGAGAAAGAAAGAGCCAGUACCUUGAUGACAUUGCGAUUCUGACUGGAGGGACUGUUAUCAGAGAGGAGGUUGGGCUUACCUUAGACAAAGCAGAUAAAGAAGUCCUGGGUCAUGCUGCUAAGGUUGUGCUCACCAAGGACGCGACGACAAUUGUUGGCGAUGGGAGCACUCAGGAAGCAGUAAAUAAACGAGUUUCCCAGAUUAGAAACCUCAUAGAGGUUGCAGAGCAAGAUUAUGAAAAGGAAAAACUUAAUGAAAGAAUAGCAAAACUGUCUGGAGGUGUUGCUGUCAUUCAGGUUGGAGCACAAACUGAGACAGAGCUCAAAGAGAAGAAAUUGAGAGUAGAAGAUGCUCUUAAUGCAACAAAGGCUGCUGUUGAAGAAGGUAUUGUUGUUGGUGGUGGAUGCACUCUGUUGAGGCUUGCUUCAAAAGUUGAUAGCAUUAAGGAGAGCCUUGAUAAUGAUGAGGAAAAGGUUGGAGCAGAUAUAGUUAAGAGAGCUUUGAGUUACCCCCUGAAGUUAAUUGCCAAGAAUGCUGGCGUGAAUGGAAGUGUUGUCAGUGAGAAGGUGCUCUCCAGUGACAACCCAAAAUUUGGAUACAAUGCUGCAACUGGAAACUAUGAGGAUUUGAUGGCUGCUGGAAUAAUUGAUCCAACCAAGGUGGUCAGAUGUUGCUUGGAGCAUGCAGCUUCGGUUGCUAAAACUUUCUUGAUGUCAGAUUGUGUGGUUGUUGAGAUCAAAGAGCCUGAGCCAAUGGCUGCUGCCGGGAACCCUAUGGACAAUUCAGGAUACGGUUACUAAACUAUUGUAGAAGGUGUGCUUGUGGGGGACAAAGGUAAAAGAACCAAGCCAACUUCAAUUUGGGUGGGUAACAAAAUGCAAAGAAGGGGGGAGUUCUUUGUUUUUUGUAAUUUUAGUAUGCUUGGAAGAAUCUGGUGAGGUUAGCUUGUCCGUGUACCGGCUUGUAGCAGCUUGCAAUUUGGAUGUACAAGUUGAAAUCUGAGUGCAGAAGAAUAAUAUUUUUCACCUCUGGUCUUGGUUAUGAUUUCUCAGAUUUAUUUUCUUGACUAUUUUUUUUAAUUAUUGAUGGUUGUGGGGAAA